AUGUCUACUGUUCCAGAAAGUUUUAAAGCUCAAAUAAAUCAAGGUGUUCCAGGCCCUGUUAAGGCUAGGCCUGAUCCAUUGCCAGUAGGUAAAAAGAUAGCUCCUAACAAGAAAGCACCUUGUUCGUUUGAUACUUCGUUCGAAGAAGCAACUACAAAGGCUACUAUUAACGGACGUCAAAAUGAGGUAGCAACGGCUUUUGAAGAAAUCGAACAAGCACUUUCUAAAGGGGAAUUUUCCCAAGCCAUCAGAGCUCUUUGGUACCUUAAGUUAUCAACUUUUUAUAACGAGGAUUCUGCAAAUGUCUGGGCUUACAUUGCUUUCGCUUUUGCUCAUUUGGGAUUUGGUGAACAUGUUGGGUUUUCACUUAAGAAAUUGAAGGAAGCUGGAUUGGAUCAGACAGUUUUAAAACAAGACGUUAUGGUUGAAUUAAAGAAGAUCAGUAAAUAG